CAGCGUCCCCCCGCUCUCCAGACGCCAGGGUCAGGGGCUGUGUUGCCGCGGCGCUUCCCAUGCCUCGGGCUCGUGGCUGGCUCGGCACAGCUUAAUGAAGCUCCAUGUCUACUGGUUGGAGAACAGGGAAGUCCUACCACAUUGAAGUGUGCCUGCUGUUUGCCAUAUUCAUCAGGUGAGCCCUGAAAGCCUGUCAGCACAGCAAAAGAAGCUGCAACAGAAGAACACGUGACUUACAAUUCUGCUUUCACAGCUUCUCUAGUAAUGUGGAACACACUGUCAUUGACUACUGAGCUCCGAACCUCCUGAGAAAUGCAAAAAGGAGGCUCAGAAGCUGGGACUUGAUCAUGUAUACAAAGAAAUCCUCUUAGAUGUAUGGAAGGUUCUGAAUGUGCUCUGAAAUGCUGAGAAGGAAACUUCGUCAUAUCCUACGGUUCAAGCUUCUCUGGGUGUUAAUUUUUACAGUCGGAACCUGGUCCUUUCUCAAAAUCCAUCAUAAACCGAACUACCUGCACCAUGCACAUCUGGAGUUGACUGGUGAAUAUCCCAAUAAUUAUAUAAACUGCUCCAAGAUAUUGCAGGAUGACCAAGAGGAAAUUCAGAAAGUAAAGUUGGAGCUGUUAACAGUUUCCUUCAGAAAGAGGCCGAAGCUAACCUCAAAUGAUUAUAUUAACAUGACGAAGGAUUGUCCAUCCUUUAUUAAGAGUAGGAAAUAUAUUAUGGAACCUCUGAGCAAAGAAGAAGCAAUGUUUCCCAUUGCAUAUUCCAUAGUAAUUUACCACAAGAUUAAUAUGUUUGAUAGACUUUUGAGAUCCAUCUACGCUCCUCAAAACCAUUACUGCAUUCAUGUUGAUAAGAAGUCCCCAGAAUCCUUCUUGGCUGCAGUUAAAGGGAUUGCUUCAUGUUUUGACAACGUCUUCAUUGCCAGCCAGUUGGAGAGCGUAGUGUAUGCUUCGUGGAGCAGAGUACAAGCCGACCUCAACUGCAUGAAGGAUCUUUACAGGAAGAAUUCAAGCUGGAAAUACCUCAUCAACCUUUGUGGCAUGGAUUUCCCUAUCAAGACCAACCAGGAAAUAGUAGAGAGGCUGAAAGCCCUCAAGGGUGAAAAUAGUUUGGAAACGGAGAAAAUGCCUGCAAACAAGGAGGCACGGUGGAAGAAACAUCACGAAAUUGUUGAUGGUAAAGUGAAGAAGAUGGGAACAGACAAACAGCAUCCGCCUCUCAAUACGCCCAUUUUCUCUGGCAGUGCCUAUUUUGUUGUUAGCCGGAGGUUUGUAGAAUAUGUGCUGGAGAACAGCCAAAUCCUUGCUUUUGUAGAAUGGGCUAAAGACACUUACAGUCCUGAUGAAUACUUGUGGGCCACUAUUCAGCGAAUUCCUGACGUCCCUGGUGCUGUCUCCGCCAGUGUAAAAUACGACGUUUCUGACAUGAAUGCGCUCGCCAGGUUUGUUAAGUGGCAUUACUUUGAGGGGGAUGUGAGCAAGGGGGCCCCCUACCCACCUUGCAGUGGAAUUCACAUCCGCUCUGUGUGUGUCUUUGGAGUGGGAGACUUGAACUGGAUGUUACGAAAACACCACUUCUUUGCCAACAAGUUUGACACGGAUAUUGACCCCUUUGCAGUUCAGUGCUUAGAGGAGUAUUUAAGAGACAAAGCUCUGUAUCAGCACAGACAUUAAAAUGCAGCCCUCUGUAUAGUACAAACCCUGUUCCUCUGAUAAGGAUGUCAAAAAGAUAAGUGCGUGGUGCACUCCUUUACUUUCCCCCCUUUUUUUUCUUAACAUGCCUUGUACGAUGGUUGCCUACCUGAUUAUUUGUUCCUUGUACUUUUUCUUGGUUGUCCAUAUUUCUCUAAAGAACUCCCAUUGCAUACAUUCUGUUCUAAUAGUCAGCAGAAUUUUAUGUUUGGAAACAAAGGCCUCAGGUUUACAAAGUUCAGCACUUCUGAAGUGGUUAACCUGUCACUUCCUCUGCCUUUUAAAAAAUCCUAUUAGAGAUCCAAAUAAUCUUGAUCCUUCCAUGGUGUGGCUGCUAAAAUGUUCUUUUUCAUAAUGAUGGUGGUGGAGGGCAGAUGAGAAGGAAGGGAAGGAAGGAGCCAGGACUGAGCAAUAGUCAUGAGAUCUCAGGCAAUGUUUAAAAGGAGUUCAUCAACAAGUGAAAGGGGAACAGAGAAAAUGCCAAAGCGAUGCAGUUUGCAGAAAUUCUGCAUGUACAAUUUGCUUAAAUGUCUCUAUAGCUACAUAACUAAAUCCUUCACUUUCUGAACAGCUCUGAAUUGUUUUCUUUUAAAAGAAAAGGAAAAAAGACCAGCAAUAUACACAAAUUUUUAUGUAAUGUAUUUCAAGAAAACCAGAAGGGUUUUUUUGAAGCAUAAAUUUUAGGAACAGAUUCCGUUCUUAAUCACAUUUUGUAGCUGUUUCAGAAGUGAUGUCUCACAAGCUUGCCAACUAGAAUAUUCUCAGGGAAAUAUGAAUGUGCCUCUAUUUACUAGUAGUCCCAUUAGUUUACUGUAUACUAUUUGACAGAUUUUGUAUGUUUGACCCAGAUUUAAUCACAGGAAUGUGAAACUUCUUAACAAAAUGCUUAAAAUUAUUAGUACUUAAACCUAUUACAUUUUUUAAAAAAAUUAUGCUAUGUCAACAAGGUUUUUUGUUGGAACUCUCCAUUGGUGUGAUUUACACAAGUUCACUUCUCAAACUCUAUAUGAAAUCUUUAGGGGUAAGGUUGUCAUCUGCAAUAUAGACCGUGUCUCCUACAGCUAGCAGUCAACAACAACAACAACAACAGUAAUAAUAAUUUAAUAAUACACUCUAAAGGCUGUUCACCUAUUUUUAGAAAUAGCUGAUGUCACUUCUCUGUAAGUGGUAAAGCUGCACAAAGAUGGUUUACAUAGGAAUGAAGCAAAUUGGCAAAAGACCUAAUUCAUUAUUUUUAUGGUCACAUCCAUUUUUUUUAAACUAUCUGCCACUAAAAAUAUUUGAAUUAUCUAAAUUGAAACAUUUAUUAUUUUGAAAGUCACCUUGCUGUUAUGCUUGGUGAAUCUUAUUUUCUUUUGAGGCUAGUGCCAUUUGAAUUCUUAGUACAUCUAAUCCAUGACUGGUCCUCACCGCUGCCUAUGGUGCUUCCACUUAAAUCAGGAAUCUCCUGUUUUGCAGUCCUUAAUGCCACAGUUAUCCUGAAUUUGGACGUCACUUCCAAACCCUUUUGGGGAUGGUGUGUGGUCCCAAAGGGGGCUUCAACGCAGUGGAGUAGAUUUGGAUACUCCCAGGUGUCCCAUUCCAUUUGGAUUGUACUGUAUAUAAUAAUGUGUGCUGGCAACAGUAAGAUAAGUUUUAUUUAUUUUAACAUUUCUGUAGUGCUUUCCUACAAGUUUUAUAUCCAAAGUCAUAUGCCAAAAGCAGAAAACUUACCAACAAACAAAAGGAAAAAUGUAUUUUAAAAGUUAGGUACCUAUUAGAAUCAAUGCAUUAGGAUGAGUUGUCAUCUAGAAAUCUACCAGCAUUUAUAUUGUAUAAUAUAGCUCAGACUCUAAAAGAGGAAGUAUGGUCACUUUCCCCUGACCUAAGCACCUCUUGGGGACCAUUGUUCUCACGGCAAAGCUGCUAGCAGUUUGCUUACCAAUUUGUUUUUGUUUUUAAUCAAUUAUGGGGACAAAAGACCUGGCUUCCUCAGGCUCCCUUGGUCUGUUUCCUUCCUUUGAGCAUAGGAACUGCACUCAUGUGGAAUUGCAUUUCCAUAGGUUUUCGCCCAGUAAUUUACACCGGGGGUUGGAAACUUGUGGCUCUCCAAAUGUCUUGGUCUACUUACUCCCAUAAAUCCUAACCACCAUAGCCAUUCAUAAGGGAUCAUGGGAGUUGUAGAUCAAAACACCUGGAGGGCAGCAAGUUGUCCACCCCAGCUAACUCUGCCCGAUCCUCUUGACAUGAACCACAUACAACUAAAACCAAUACUGACCCCACCCUUCCCCCACCCCCCAGAAUGGAUCUUCUACAAUAGCAAUGGAUUUUGAGCUCUAAACCACUUGGAUUUGGAAAUCCAGAUUAGGGAUGUUGCAGAAAGCCACAAUAGAAUCAAAUGAGUUUGGAUUUCUAUGAAUCCAGUUAGCAGGUUCUUUAGCGGACUAUUUUUUUCUGAAUUGCACAAAUUCCACAAACCAGGGGUUUUUCUUUGCUUGUUUUUACUUUUGUUUUGAUUUUUACAUACAAAUAUAGAUAUAGAAAAAAUAUGUAAAAUAAAAUAAUACUGGGCAAAAACGUGAAUUUGCCCAUAGGGUAAAGCAUAAAAAUGCACAUUUAGGGGAAUUUGCACCUUUGGGGGAGAAUUUGCAAAUUUGUGCAAAUUCGGGGCAAUUGGAAAUAAUCCAAUUUUGCCAAUAAAUGAACAUCAGAAUGAAAGGCACCUGAUAAUCCACGAAUUGCAGACAGAACAGAUUUUACAAAAUCCAUACAUCACUUAUCCAAACUCUCACAUUGCGAGAGAGAAAUAUUGAAAAUUGCUUUACCUAAGAAUUAGUAGUAAGAUUAUUUAAGGCUUAAUGAGUAUAAUAUGUUUAACAAGAUGCUGAUAGUGAUGGUUUUGUAACAUCCAAUUUUAUUUCAGUUUAUUUGAAACCUAGAUUUUUUUGAAAAAGGUUCACGUUCCUAUUGAAUGCAUCUAAAUAUUUUAACCUGGGCUCUGUAUAGAUAGGUUCUAUGAAUCUGUUUUUUAACAGUGCUGCUGCUGUUCUAGUACACAUAAGAGGGUAUGGGGGCAGGGAAUGGCCUCUGCCUUCUUACCCCAUUUGCAUUACCCAUCCACUUGACAAUUGAGAAUGAGUGGGGACAUGGGGGAUUUCCAAUACAUUCAAGGGGGAGGAGGUUACUACAGUAGUAAAGCUUGUAGGUUUUUUAUGUUGGGUAGUAUAUAAAUAUCGUUGAAAAAAAAUAGUAAAUAAAGCUAUUUCCUAGGCAGCCAUUUGGAAUGUAGUGGGGGACGGGGUUACAGUGCCUGCAGUGUCAUAUAAAAAGAUAUGGAUCAUUGGAAUUCUUUAUUCUUUCCUCACCCCUGCUAUCCCCAGUGUGCCCCCCCAAGUCUGCUCUGGGGCCACCCCCCAGUCCUCUGGGGCAGAUUUUGGGGGCAGGGGCAGAAAUGAGGCUGCAGGGGGAAUGGAAAUCCAUCCCACCAGUUGUUUCUCAGCUACUAGUGAAAUGGCACCAUUGAGUCCAACCUGUAGUCUCACUCUGGACACUGGCUUUGUCUGCAUACAACAAAUGCAUGCCUUUUCUCUCUUAUUGCAAGUGCUUGCUCAAGCAAAGUCAGAUGCCAGGGAAACAGAAAAAUCUUUUAGAGCAUGUUGAUCUUCAUGCCAUUUUUAACUACUACUACAGAAAUCAAGUCUCCUAUUUUUCAAAAUUUCUCACAUGAAUCAUAUUUGCAUUUGGAGGUUUAUUUCCGUUGCAGCUGCAGAAAAAUCAUAAAUCAAUCAAUAGGGAACAGUAGUGUUAGCUAAGUCACUGGCUUUAGUUCAAUUUGCUGUUCAACUCUGGUUUCUGGUGUCUACGUACUGGCCACAGGAAUGUUAAACUGACAUGAAAAAAUGGGAUAAAAUCACUUACCCAGUGCAGCAACCAGAUGUAAAUUUUAAGAUCUUUACUCCUCUCAUGAUUAAAUCAAUAAAAGGUGCUUUAAAAUAAAUGAAAUCAUUUCGAUAGUUAUCUUAGAUAUUCUAGAUUUCCAGCUGCUAUCUAUCACCCAUUUUAACAGGACAAAUGAAAUAUAUGAAAAGAUUUUAUUGCCCAGUAAAGAACUCUACAAAUCUAAAAACCUGUUAACUGAAGUUAAUGGUGUGGGGAUUCAGAGGUCACAUAGGCAGAUGUUAAAGAGGAAAUGAAAUGGCCACAAAGCUCGUUAGAUAAAGAGAUUUCUCCACUAUAUUGAACUGAUGCAAUCGGCCCAGAUCAAAUUUGAAAAGUAAACCAUUUGCAAACCAGGGUAGUAAGUUUAAUCUAUAUACAGCUGCCUGAAAUAAGGGCUAUCCGGUAUAUUAUCAAGGGUUGAAAUAAGGGGCAGUCAACAACAUAAAGCAACAUCUACAACUUAAAGUAGCUAUGUUAUGAGAUGGCAGUGGUAUAUGUGUUAGUGUAUACUAAAAAUGUGUGUGUGUGCCGGGGAAGGCAACAUGGUGCCUACAGUCAUCAGUGUGACCCCGGAUGCAUUUCUUGGCACCUAAAUUUAAUUGUGGCUGCAUACCAGUGUUGUGCCAGCACACUGAGUUAUCAUGAAAUAGAAGGGAAACAAUAACAAGGGACUUUGAACUAUGGGUCAAAGGAAUUGUUUAGUGUCAGGGUAUAUAAUUAAGCAUCACUAGAAAAGAGUACAUGCAUCACCAAAAAAGAGGGUACAGAUUUGCAUAAUAUUUGCUUAUGUGACACAUAUUUAGAUCAGGUGACCUGUGUACUUGGUCAGUUAGCUGUUGUCCGGAUGCUAACUCUUGAUAAGGCUUCUUGAUAAGUCUUUAUCUUUGGACUGGGCAGUCCUUCAAAACAGGGCGCCUUCAAAUAGAACACUAUCCUUGGGCAGCACUUCAAAUAGAGGGCUCCUCUGUAAAGCAAGAAGCGUAGCCAUCCUAUCGUGUGUUGGGGCGCAGAUCCCACUUCUGCCUUGUACACAGGUUACUUUUCAGCAGGUUUCUUGUCCUUUAUGACAAGCCAUGCCUCCCAUGGCAGCCAUUUUGUGGUGCUACACACAACAGCUUCUCAAUUCGUGCCCACAGGCCCAAAGAGGUUGCCUGCCUGUAGUGUAGGUUGUAACUGCAUCCUGAAAUACCCUUAAAUUCUAUUUGGAUAACCAUUUGACAGAAAAUAGACUUUCAUAACAGGAUUCAGCCUGGUCUACAUAUGCAGUAGAAUGAGAUGGUGGAAAGGACUUCACUGUUUUGGGCUGUAGGUGUGUGGAGGGAUUAAAUUAUCCCACCUUCGUUAGGAUCUUUCAGUGGGGGUCCAAAAACUCUCAAGACACUUCUCUGUCCCUUUAAGGAAAUUUCUAUUGCAAGCAAUAGAAAGAAGAGCCAACACUCCGAGCGAAACUCUUAAGUGUGUGACUGACAUCUGAUAAAACAGUUACAUGUUCCCAUCAUACUCCUCCCACCUGCUCUCUGAAUGUAUCCCAGGGGCCUUUGUUGUACAACUCCCAUCCUGCCAUUCUUUCCUCCUUCACUACCUCGGCAACCUUGUUGCGAUUGAUCCACUGAGUGCUCUGGGCAUGUUUUGCGCUUGUCGGCUCCCAAUACAAAGUUUCCCCAUCUCUCCUCUGCACCUUCGCAGAUUGAUCCCUGCCUAUACUUGUUCUUCCAAUAAAAAUUGUAAACCCUGACAUGCCCUUUUGUGUUCUUUAUUUUUGUCUAGCACUUCGUUCAGGGUUAGCAUGUUGUGGUCUUUGCUUGUCCAAGCAGCGGGUUUCGAUCCUCAUCCCUUCCUCCCAUACUCACACCGCUCUCUGGCCCUUGUAGAAGUGGCUGGUACUCACCAUCUCCCCCACCCCCGCCACGGCCCCUGCCAUAUUGUCGCGGAAUUUUAGCUGGUUCUUUUGCUAUGCCCAUAGGUAUGAGAAAAUGGCCUAUCAUCCUUAGCUAUAGUUCAUAAAGUUCAUGGCUUCCUGUUCCUUUAAACCUUGUUUUUAAUGCUGCAAUUGCUUUUGCUUUUAGAGUUAAGUUGAUGCAGAAACUAUGUGACAACAUAGGCGUUGUCCACCCCGGCAGUCAGAGGGUGGAGGAUGCCUGCAAGGAAAGAUAACCAAGAAAAUAACAGAUAGAGAUGUUUUUCUGUAACUGUGAUAUCUUCUAGUCAACGAAGCACUCAUACUCUGUACAUGCCUAAAUGCUUAGCUUCUUAUUGGUUGUUGCAUUUUCAGAACUGUAUUAUGAUUGGUGAGAAAGUUCUGCCAUGGUAUCUAAGGGGAACUGACUCUAUAAAUAUGUUGACAUUUCCUGAAAUUAUUGGGCAGUUUCCUCAGACUGCCACCUUGCAGCGCUGCUCGUAAUAAACCUUCUAAGGAGAGAGAAA